AUGGCCGAAGAGAAGCGCUCCGCGCUCGCCUUCCUCACGGACAAUGCGGUCGUGACAGCGCUGGGAGAUGCCUACAAUUCGUUCUCUGAAAAGAGAGCUUCAUUGGGUCUUUCAAACCCCGGAACCGUCGAGAAUAUUGCUAGAGAGGUCCAGAAGGAUGUUUUCCUCAACAACUUUACCUUCACGGGCUUGCGAGCAGACCUAACCAAGGCUUUCAGCGUCUCACCUCUCUUCCAGGUGUCCCAUGCAUUCGCCAUGGGAUCCCAGGGUCUUCCGCCAUACACAUUUGCAGCCAUGUAUGGUACGCCAAAGGUUUUCCUUCAAGGCAAUAUGGACAAUGACGGACAACUAUCUGCGCGAGCAAAUUACCGCUGGAAUUCGUCCUUUGUCACGAAGACGAAUGCUCAGAUCGCCGGCCCCGGUCAAGCUAUGAUCCAGAUUGACAACGACUAUACCGGAAACGACUUCACGGCUUCCAUCAAAUCGCUGAAUCCUUCAUUGAUUGAGGGAGGAAUCACUGGUAUCUUCAUCGGUAGUUAUCUUCAGUCAAUCACCCCCAGACUUGCGCUUGGAUUGGAAGCUAUUUGGCAAAGACCAUCUCUUAGCAUGGGACCGGAGACCGCCCUUUCUUACUGCGGAAAAUACCGAGGCGACAACUGGAUUGCAAGCGCUCAGCUUCAGGCUCAGGGUGCCGUGAACACUUCCUACUGGCGCCGAUUGACUGAGAAGGUCGAGGCUGGUGUGGACUUGAACCUCCAGUUUGCAGGUCUCGGCAGAGGCGCAGCCGGUCUCAUGGGAGGCGCGGGUCGAGAGGGCGUGACGACGCUCGGUGCAAAGUAUGACUUCAGAGCGUCUACUUUCCGCGCCCAGGUCGACAGUUCUGGAAAGCUCAGCUGCCUGCUGGAGAAGCGCAUUGCUCCGCCAGUGCAGUUGACCUUUGCCGGUGAAAUUGACCACUUUAAGCAACAAGCCAAGGUCGGUUUGGCUGUCUCGAUUGAGGCGGCAGGCGAGGAUCUCCUCGAGCAACAGGAGAAGGCCCUGUCCUCCCCCGCUCCCCCUCCGCCCUUUUAA